AUGAUUGCUCACAAUCUCUGCUACACCACAUUGCUGAAGAAACCAGAAGGAGAAGAAGGAAAGGAUUACAUCAAAACGCCCACGGGUAACUACUUUGCCACCAAAGAGCGACGUCGUGGUUUACUUCCGGUGAUUCUAGAAGACUUGCUUGCUGCAAGAAAACGCGCGAAAAAUGAGAUGAAGCACGAGAAAGACGAGUUCAGAAAAAUGGUGCUGAAUGGUAGACAACUGGCUUUGAAGAUUUCUGCCAAUUCCGUUUACGGAUUUACUGGUGCUACGGUUGGAAAAUUGCCAUGUUUGGAGAUCUCGCAAUCAGUGACAGCAUUUGGAAGGCAAAUGAUCGAUUUGACCAAAAACGAGGUUGAAAAGCGUUAUGUGGCAGGAGCUUUGGAUGGAAAAUGUCCAGCUAAUGCGCAGGUUGUUUAUGGAGACACCGAUUCAGUUAUGGUAAAGUUUGGCGUGAAAACGGUAGCUGAAGCUAUGGAAAUAGGCUUGCACGCCGCCACCGAAGUCAGCAAGAUCUUCACGCCACCUAUCAAGCUUGAAUUUGAAAAAGUUGGUCAGCGUUUGAAUUGCUCGUUGGAUUUUGUACGUCUUCGUCUCUAA